AUGCCUCCCUACCGAGUACCAGCAAUCCUCCUCUCUCCGCACACGACCAUAUCUCCUUCAUCAAUCCACCGGAGCAUCCCAACCGCACCCCUCCGCCCACAAUUACACCACCACCGACCACGACCCCCCCAAAGACCUACCAUAUCAUGUUUCUCAACCAGCAAUCCCCUCCAAGCCAAAGAGCAAAACUUCUACGAAAUCCUUGACAUCCCCACGACCGCAACACCAGCCGAAAUCAAAAAAAAAUUCUACGCCCUCUCAAUGCGCCACCAUCCAGACCGCAACCGGACAGACCCAGACGCAAGCCAACGCUUCGCCCGCAUCUCCGCCGCCUACAACGUCCUCGGCAACGCCUCAAAGCGCGCAACCUAUGACCGCGACCACGGCUUCCAUCACGCCCACACCUCCUCAUCCCAAGGCCUCAGCCACAAGCACCCAAUGGGUAGUCACAGCAGCUACGCGGGGUCGCGACCCGCUAGCGGGCUAAGCAAGCGCCGGACGGCAUUCUACGGGCCGCCGCCCAGUUUCUACGAGCAGGGCCGGUACGGCGGCACGGGGCGGCAGGAGCAGGGGUUUGCGGCUGGGUUCAGUGCGGGUAGUGCGAAGCAUGAUCCGAAGUAUGAUCCCGAGGAUUGGGAGGGGUUUAUUCGGCGGAAUCCGUUGAAUCAUUUCAAUGCGCGCGGACAUUUCCGGACGCAGGCGGCGGAGGAUAAGAGGAGGCGGGAGAGGAGGACUAGGGAGGGGAAGAGGCGGAUUGAUGAGGGUUGGGUUGAUCCCGAGCCUAGUAAGGAUCGGACUGUUGGGCGGUUCUUUAUCUGUUCGGGGAUUUUGAUGCUAACGCUUGUUGUGGUCAAUGUUUGGAGGGCGGCUCCUAAUGUUGUUGAAGGGAAGAAGGUGAGGAAGCGGAAAGAGGCUGUAUCUUGA